CUUCUCUCCAUCUUCAUCUAUCCCUCAAUCACGUUCCCUGGUCGGUCCAUGCCUGUCGAGACCGACCCUCGCUCACAGUCCCCCUUCCCGGAUUCCGAUCGUCAUCCGCCCCUCGGCUCCUCUGGCGUCCUGUCGCCCCCUCAUCGUUCCCAUCCCGGAUGGAUCCCAGUGACGUGCAGUUCGUGGCCGCGCGCCCCAAAAAGCGAUCCCGUCAUGCUUCCGAAAUGCCUUCGCGUCACAGUCAGGCCUCCCGGCGGUCAUCCAGCCAAUCCGCCCCCGGCCCGUCCAAUGCUGGUGUACCCCAGAAUCCCCGUCCCUCGCCACCCCGAUUGCAUUACCCCGGCGAUGGUCUCGAUUUUCGCCGUCCGGUCGUGUCGGACUCCUCCCCCGGAGACGGGGUCAUCGACCUGACGAACGAGCCCGAUUCGCCCCCGCAGACCCGACGCCCCCGGCUGCCUGGGCUGGGGCUAGACCGGAGGGUUGACGUGGUCGAUCUGGACGCAGAAGAAGAGGAGGAGGAGGCGGAGGAGGCGGAAGUCACCGUCGCUUCGCCAGACGACCUGCCGAGUAGCCCAGAGGUGCAGUUUAUGGGCGCGUCGGUGCGGCCCCGUCGUCCGCCGCCACCGCCGCUGCCGCCGCGGUCGUUCGGGGUGAGCAACAGCCUGCUGCGGAUGUUGGGCUUCCACAGCUCGCGGCUCCCCGAGAGGGCCCGGGAGGAUAUCCUUACGCAGGUGAUCGCCCGGCGGGCGCGAGAAUUCGCCCGUCAUCGGCCGCCGCCACAAAUGGAUGAUGUUCUGUGGAUGGGCGGGGACCCCUCCCACGGGGCCAUCGAUCUGACGGUCAAUCUGGACGUCAACCCGAGGGAGCUGGAACGCCAUCCCCCAACCGCCCGAGCGUAUAAACCUCCGAGUCCGGUUCCCGAGGGGUUUACGCGGACGGUCGGCGACGAGGAUGUGGUGUGCUGUCCCAACUGCGAUGCGGAGCUGGGCGUGGGCAGUGAGAUCAAGCAGCAGAUCUGGGUGGUGAAACAGUGCGGACAUGUCUAUUGCGGGGAGUGUGCCACCCACCGCUCCCAGUCGAAAGCGAAGAAGAAUUCUACCUCCCAUAAGACCAAGCCGUUCGCGAAGUGUCUGGUGGACAACUGUGGCAAAGCCGUCAGUCAGCCUCGGUCGAUGUUUCAAGUCUACUUAUGAUCUUUCUUUCUUUCUUUCUUUCUUUC